UGAAGUUCAUUGCGUGGAUCCUGCAAGUGGUGUGAAAUUGUGCCUCGUUGGAACUUCGAUAACAGACGUCUUGGAACGAUAAGUCCGUCUUCGUCAACUUUUUUUUUAUUCCAGUGGAGUAGAUGGUCGCAGUGGAGGCGAAUUAAAGUUUCAUCACUCGCAAGACAGCGUACGCCGACUCGCGGGCAAUGAGACCAGGGGCGUGACCUGCUUAAUACUUGGAAAGAUGAGGAUACUGUGAUUCUCCGGCAGCCAUAUUGUCCGAAACGGCCCAGCCACUUGGCGUUGAUCGACGGUUCCCCAAGAUGAAAUACAGCGACAGCCUGGUGGCGUCUCAUAAAGCCAGCGGGUCACGGUCUUGUCCGCACCCAGACGCGUCGUCCGACCCGUUUUGAUUCAUUCGACAUUUCAAAAGGAUCUGGGGCUACAUCCAAGGGCAAACCGACGACGACGUUAGGAGAACCACUGUCACAAGACCGGAAGGCGAACGCUGUGAUUAGCAGCAUCCGUUUGAAACCGUAAUAUCUCGAGCCGCGUCGGCCCACUGCUCGCCUGGCUCAAGUCAGUGCGGUCCAACCACAAGGCCAUAGAUUGAAGCUGAAGAGGGCCAUCGUAGGUCGUUAUGCUGGAUAUGUUCCUCGCUGGUGCGACAGCUAUGGAUAGCGCGGAAAGCUCUCACUGGACAAAGGUCCUCCAAGUAUGAACUGCGAGCUCUUUCGUCUGUUUACAAGUGCCGUCCUUUAAGUUCAACUUGAUUCCUCGCAAGCUAAGUCUGUUAGCAUUGCCUCCGUGAGGGCUAGCGGUCUGUGUUGACAACAGGAGCACCUGAUUCUAAUACAACAAAACAGAUUUUCUUCAUUCUCCUCUCGAAUUAGCUAUAUACGUCUCUCGAACCGUGUCCGUCUCACUGUGUGUAUACUCACCUAUCUCUUCAAAUCUGCUCAUAUAUUUUCUACCGAAGAAAAGUGUUUCUUCUGCAAAUGUUACGCGGAAUACCGACGUUAUUUCAUGUUCCACACGACGUCUAAAGUGCUCCAAAUCUAUUUUUCUAAUCAAAAAGAGCCUAUCUUCGUGAGUAAAAUCUCCGCCAAUCGUUCUCUACGAGUAAAGGUUUAUGCCCGCGGUGAAGAGCUAGGCCUAACGCUCCGAGCUAAGGUUGAGGUUGAUUCUUUACAUACAACCAAAUAACACUAUUUAUUGUUAGACGAUUAGUAGUUGGAUUGAGUGCUUGUAGUCGAUGAAGAGUACCGAAGCAGCCAUCUUGCGUCAGCACAUGACAAGAACUUGAUGCGGCCGCUGCACCCUACAAUGGCGCUGAACGAAACCUUCUACGGGAUUGAGAACGACACUCUCAUACUGGAGAACCUCACCUUAGACGGCAUCAUGGACGAGAAUGUGUACAUCUUGCCCCUGUGGCAGCAAGCGGCAUGGACGCUGCUCUUCGGCUGCAUGGUACUGGUGGCAACGGGAGGGAAUCUCAUAGUGAUCUGGAUCGUCCUGGCUCACAAACGAAUGCGGACAGUGACAAACUACUUUAUUGUGAACCUGAGCUUAGCGGACACGAUGGUGUCGACGUUGAAUGUGGUUUUCAACUUCAUCUUCAUGCUGAACGAGCACUGGCCCUUCGGUCGUGCGUACUGCAAGGUGUCCAAUUUCGUCUCCAUCGUGUCGGUGGCGGCAAGCGUCUUCACGCUCAUGGCAAUCUGCAUCGACAGGUACAUGGCCAUCAUGCGGCCCCUGAGACCCCGCAUGUCCAGGGCGAUGACACUCAAUAUAGCUGUGUGCAUCUGGAUUGCCAGCAGUCUCAUCUCCCUGCCCAACAUCAUCUAUUCCACGACCACACAGGAAAUGUUCACAAACGGUGACUCUCGCACGAUAUGCUUACUGCUCUGGCCGGAUGGGGACGCCACUAAGAGUCCCACCGACUACGUGUAUAAUGUGAUCAUCGUGGUGGUCGCAUACCUUAUUCCCUUGACUGCGAUGGCCUUUACCUACUUCCGCGUCGGCCGUGAGCUCUGGGGCAGCCAAAGCAUCGGGGAAUGCACGGCUACGCAGCUCGAGUCCAUCAACUCCAAACGAAAAGUGGUGAAGAUGAUGAUCGUGGUGGUGGCCAUUUUCGCGAUAUGCUGGCUUCCGUACCACGUGUAUUUCCUAGCGACGCACCACCACCCAGAGAUCAUGCACUCCGACCACAUUCAGCACAUCUACCUAGCCAUCUACUGGUUGGCUAUGUCAAACUCCAUGUAUAAUCCUAUCAUCUACUGCUGGAUGAAUAGCAGGUUUCGCGAAGGCUUCAAGCGGGUCUUCUGUUGCCUGGCAUUCAGUGGAAGCGAGACUUCACGACUCCGGAAGCAGAUGACCACGACACGAUACAGUUGCUCAGAAGCGUACGCUGACACACGCGUCACCUUCAACGGAUCCGCGGCCCUGUCCAUGCACACGCUUACCACAGAAGUUGGUGCUCCGACGAAGGGAAAGGCUAUCACACCACUAGGCUCGAAUGUGUGACGGUCGCUGCCACCGCCCCGCUGCGCCAGGCUCGUGCUCCAGCAGCCACCGCACCAUCACACCUAGACACACCCCCACUGACGAAUGGUCGACGGAGUAUAGUUGAUGCAGUCUUGCAGAUAUUGUGGUGUCACAGCCUCCCCUGAGAGCAGUCAAACUUCUGUCUACUACAACAUAUAUAAACAAAUGCCACGGGGGGCACCGCCAGAGAUUUCCCUACAACCCCUUUGUUGUAUUGCGAUGCCCCCCGAAAUUUCUGAGAUUGCCCAAUGCAGCUCGGUUACCAAUGCAUAUACCCCCCUCCGCGAGGGGUCGAUUUCUGGGGAAAUUACUGGGCACCGGGUAGAUCUGUGGCUUCUGGCGUUCGCCUUGCAAUAAACCCACUUUACUCGCAUAGGAUAAUGUAAUAAUCUUCGCGUUUCUGAAUCCAUUGUUUACUAACGUUUACAACCAUGGUGGUCCGUCCAUAACAGUGGUGGAGAGAGAGAGAAGAAAAGUUACAAUGGCAUCGAGACCAGUCACCAUCUGAGCAUACACAAAACAUACUUAAAGGGACUGUUGCAUCCGGAAACAUGUGUAUGAGACCGAUACGGUAACGUUCCGCACUGCUUCACAGUCUACUUGGCCAAGUUUCUCUUCCAAAAACAGCUUUUUGACGUGUUGCAAGCGUGGUUCGGUGGAGAGCUGCUAGGAUACGACGCGUAUGUGAAAAAUUGCCAUUCAAGUAAACAAGGUCAUACACUUCCUUGUUCAGAAGGAAAUUCAGCAUUUCAUUUGCUUGAACAGCCAGCCAGCACGGAAACUCCUGGUGUAAACAAUGGUGCUCCUAUUAUGUAUGAAAAGGAUUGUAUGCCUCUGAAUGCUGUAUACCCGUUGGUUACACAACAAUACAGGGCACAUCGUGUUCUAUUAUAUUACACGUAUAACAAGUCAGAGGAAGUGUGACUGCUGUCAGAGGAGCCCAAGCAUUGGAUUUUGCAACCCCCUCACGUACUAGUCGUUCUCAGGCAUCACAGUUUCAAUUAACCUUCAUCAAGCUGCAUGAAGUCUGCGGAGUGUCAGUGCCGUGAAAGCAUUUCAUCCAUUUUUCAUUACUAAUUGUUCCCUUCUACAAUUAUGGUUUCAAACCUGGAUCUGCAAACCGAGAAAUCGCUCGGAAGCUGGCAGGCUUCCUCAGUUUUUUGUCGUUUACCUUGCUGACUGGGACUGGGAAUGGAAUGGCAUCGAUGUCGGCGAACACCACGUCAAUGUGCCAGUGUUCAAAAUUACAAACCUUCAGCGGGACCUUUCAGACAGUGCUGACACUCCGCCGUCCACAGCAAUCGUUCCCCAUAUCGCUGGCCUUUCGAAUAACGUGAUCGCCUCGCAUGCGGGUGUACGUCGGUGGUCAGUUUGUACAGCGUUCUUCACCCAAUCGUAUCCGAUGCUUUGUGUCUUGGACAAAGGAGUCCUUGGUGACAAGCCUGUCUGCAACCAAACCGCAUCUUUGACUGGUCAUGUGGUGGACUUUGUGGCGAAUAACAAAACAUUUGCUAAGUGUUGUGACGAAUUGUUAAAGCGUACCUACAACUUCAAGAAUGUAUCCAGGUCGUUCGGUUUGUGCCAUUCAUAGAGACUGAUGAAAACAAUGCCUGGAUAUCUCACGUUUGUUAAUAGGUGUAAUGCAUUGAGGUGUAUCCCAUGUUCUUUUUAAUGAAGAGCAAGGAGGUUAGCUUUCUUUAACGGCAUUGACAUGCUGCUUUCAGUCUGAAGAGCUCAUUUCGUGAGGGACCUACAUGUGGCCGUAUGUUCAACAGUGUGUACAUACAUGUGCAGAUGUGUAUCUGUGAGCAUAUAACGUUGUAUUUGAAAGUAAGUGUCCCUGCACUUUUUCUACUGUGCAGCGAACAAGUUUCGCAUGCAUGCACAAUGAAAUAAGUGGCUAUGCUACUCCAUAUACUCAAAGGUCAAAGCUUGGUUUGUCAGAUGGUACGUUUUGUUGCCGCUUCAUUGUCACCCUUUCAAAAUAUCAAUAUAUCGCGUUUUCUGAGAACGAAUAAGUAUAUCUCCCACAAUGCUGCAGCAGCAAAAUUUAGACCACAUUUUGCAACGGGUUGGAGUAUCUCGCAAAAGGUAACCAGACCACCUCCUCUAUUGCAAUGAUGACAUCAUGCAUCCAUUGCACUAAAGUAACUGCCUACUGGGUAUUCACACACGUCUAGAAUACGAUUUGACAAAGAAGUAUCAGUGCAAGGCUUCCACUACUCCCACUGGGCCUAACAAGUGAUGACAUGUAAAAUAAAAGUUCUAAUACUAUCGCUGCCAUGGUGUGGGGAGAGCACCCUGCUAUCUCUUUUUGGCUUUACUGACUUGUGUUAGUGACACAUCCUAAAUUUCAUCAUAUACCAUGAACAAUUGAAGAAUCACGCCAGUUAAACUUCACAGCUUUGACUAAAACGAAAACUUGGGGUACUUGGUACGUAAGUCCAAAUCAACAGCCAGUGCAAAAAAAAAAAAAAACAGUACAAAGAGAAACACAACAGCACAAGGCAAUCAAUACUGUGGCGUCUUGUUUCUCCUUGUGCUGUGUUUUUUCGCUUUGGUUGUUGACUUUGGUUGACUUUUGGUUGACUUUUUGGUUGUUGAGCUUUGAUGUUGAAUUUUGUUUCGUGAAAUACACCGAGCAAAGUCAAAUGGCCCCACCUCAUGUUCAUUGUUGUACGAUGCCUGAAUCACCAGUCCUUCUUGGCCUAAGUGAUGUACCCUUCCCCUGAUGGCAAUCAUGUGAUAAGUUUGUUGAUGUUGCUUAUUAUAACACUGUGUCGUCUGCUGCGAAAUGUGCUUGACACCCAACCAGAGUCGUAAGAAAAAAAAAAGUAGCUGGUGACAUUCCUCUUUUUUUUUCUUUUGCGUAAGUUUCCCUUAAGGAAGGAAGGACACGUUUGUACUGACACAGCUUCGUACCUGCUCCACUCAAGGUCUUUGUGCAAUACGAUUCGCUCACCAAAACAUGAUGUGCUACCAGUAGCAUUAAUUCGAUUUCAAGAGAUCACAGUUGCUUCUUGGUGCUUGAACUCAAAAUCAACUCAAUCAAUCAAUUGAUGCUGUGCUCCUUCCUGAAGCCAAGCUAAAUAGUGCGAUGUUCUGGACCUUCGGUGGCACAUAGACCAUACAAGAGCAUGAAUAAAGCUGUCUAGACAUGGGCACAAUAUCUAUUUCUAGGACAUGAAUCAACAUAUCAAUUCAUGGCAUCUUGAAUGGCAUUGUGGGAAAUGAGAAGUGUGCGUGGAAAAGCAAAAGAGGCGUUGUGUGUGUUGACUGAGCAAAACGUGACUGCGAAGAAACGAAAUAAGGUUGAGUGAUAAGAGCGAAGGAGACACUUAUCUACCUUUUCGUUGCAGUUCUUUGCUUUUAAUUUUUUUUUUUUUUCAGUUCUAGUUUGAGAUGUUAUGGUGAAAAGCAAUAUACAGUCGCCGGCCGAUUUUUCGGACUCGGCGGGGGAUCGUGCAAAAAGUCUGAAGAAUCGAGCAGUCCAAAAAAUUCAAAAGCCACCAUUAUUAAGCACCAGCAGGCCGGAAAAAGUUGUCGAUGCUUUCUUGGCAGGCAAGCCUUCCAUCUUCGCCUGAUAACAAAUUUCGUCGCUGCAUACGGACGAAAACACCGCAAUCGCUUUCCAUUAGUUCCAAGUUUGACAGCUGCGCUGGCAGACGACAAGUCAUCGAUAUCCCAAACACGUGCAGGAACAUACUCCUGGCAACAUUAGGCACCACCAUUCCGCAAGUUGGCUUCACCUAAAGCACGUGCGCUUUAGGUGAAGCCCGCUUUACGGCGCACGACUCUCGGCUGGACAGCACGUGCUGGGCCUUCUUAUACAUAAACUCUAUGGGGCCCCUGGCUGUUCCGCGAACGCAUCCGAAUAACCGAGCAUGUCCGAAAAAUCGGUCAGCAACUGUACCUUGAAGAAACGUUGAGACAAUAUCAGCCUACUGAGAUAUUAAGUGAGCACUGAUUGUAUAGCACCCCUGUGCAACAUUUGUUGAUUCAUACGAAUAAAAACCUACAUGAAUAAAAAUGUGUGGUACUUGUGGUCUA